AUGGCUACUAACAGUAUCAAGUUGCUGACCGGCAACAGCUAUCCCGAGCUUGCCCGCCUUGUGGCUGACCGACUAGGCAUAGAACUCACCAAAAUUCUCGUACUUCAAUACUCGAACCAGGAGACUUCCGUGACCAUUGGCGAAUCUGUGAGAGAUGAAGAUGUCUUCAUCUUGCAAUCCACGCCACCAGGCGAUAUCAACGAUGCUCUGAUGGAACUGCUCAUCAUGAUCAACGCCUGCAAGACGGCAUCUGCCCGCCGCAUCACUGCAGUGAUUCCAAAUUUUCCCUAUGCUCGUCAGGACAAGAAAGACAAGUCUCGAGCACCAAUCACAGCAAAGCUCAUGGCGAACAUGCUCCAGACCGCCGGUUGCAAUCAUGUCAUCACAAUGGACCUCCAUGCUAGCCAAAUUCAGGGCUUUUUCAACGUCCCUGUUGAUAACCUGUAUGCCGAGCCAAGCACGCUCCGCUGGAUCCGCGAGAACCUAGACGUCAAGGACUGUGUCAUUGUCAGUCCAGAUGCAGGCGGCGCAAAGAGGGCAACUUCAAUAGCAGAUGGCUUGAAUCUUGGAUUUGCUCUUAUUCACAAGGAGCGAACUCGCCCCAACGAAGUUUCACGAAUGGUGCUGGUCGGAGAUGUACGCGGCAAGACGGCAAUUUUAGUUGAUGACAUGGCCGACACUUGUGGCACACUUGUCAAAGCAGCAGACGUGCUGAUUUCCGAGGGCGCCAAGGAUGCGCUUGCCAUUGUCACACAUGGUAUUCUCAGUGGAAAUGCCAUUGAGGCCCUCAAUGGCAGCAAGCUCAAGAAGAUUGUUGUCACCAACACUGUUCCCCACGAAGAUAAGAAAGAACUUUGCGACCGCAUCGAAACCAUCGACAUCAGUCCAACUCUUGCCGAGGCUUGCAGACGUACCCACAAUGGAGAGAGUGUUAGCUUCCUCUUCAAGCACGCUCCUGUCGACUAG